CGAACUGAGCAUAUGCCACAAAGAAGUGGCAAAAUGCGAAUUCGCUCUUCCUUUUUUUGUCAAAAAGCCCACUGAAAUUCUCCUUCUUCGAUCGCCGGCGAAGAGACCACCAUGAACGGCCAGCUUUUGAAUUCGCCCAUGAAACAGUCUUCCUUUCGCUCCGAGUGUCUCUCCUCCCUUAAUGUCAAAGAGCUUGUCGAUUCCGUCGAUGCGUUUCUCUUUGAUUGCGACGGCGUGAUUUGGAAAGGCGAUAAAUUGAUAGAUGGAAUCCCUGAGGCACUCGAUAUGCUUCGUCGCAUGGGGAAGAAGCUUGUUUUUGUGACGAAUAAUUCGACAAAAUCAAGAAAACAGUAUGCCAAGAAGUUUCACUCCCUUGGAAUUCCUGUUUCCGAGGAUGAGAUAUUCUCGUCAUCGUUUGCUGCUGCAAUGUAUUUGAAGGUUCGCAACUUUCCCACUGACAAGAAGGUUUAUGUUAUAGGCGAGGAAGGCAUAUUGGAGGAGCUUGAGCUUGCUGGCUUUACAGGGAUUGGCGGUCCGGAAGACGGAAAGAAGACUUUGGAACUGAAAUCAGGAUUCGUUUUUGAGCAUGACAAGAAUGUUGGAGCUGUCAUUGUUGGACUUGAUCAAUACAUCAAUUACUACAAGCUGCAGUAUGGAACGCUUUGUGUACGUGAGAACCCCGGAUGCCUAUUUAUUGCUACCAAUCGUGAUGCAGUGGGGCACUUAACCGAUCAACAAGAGUGGCCGGGUGCUGGAUGUAUGGUUGCUGCAAUGUGUGGAUCAACUCAAAAAGAGCCUGUUGUAGUUGGGAAACCAUCAACCUUCAUGAUGGAUUUUUUACUACAGAAAUUCAAUAUUGCUACCUCGAGGAUGUGUAUGGUGGGUGACAGAUUGGACACAGAUAUCUUAUUUGGAAAGAAUUCUGGCUGCCAGACUCUCCUUGUUCUUUCAGGUGUAACAAAUCUGUCGACACUGAUAGACUCUGCAAAUGACAUUAAACCAGAUUAUUACACCGGCAAGUUGUCCGAUAUUCUAAAAUUGCUGAAAUGAUUAAUUAUAUAGUCAUCAUAGUAUAGCAUUUUCACAUUAUGCAAAAUUCUCACUGCAUCACACAUAAGUUCUUUGUGGUCCAAAAGAGAUUCACUUUUGAGCUUCUUGGACCAGGAAUCCUGGUUCUUCUAUUUUCUGAUUUUUGAAUUUCUGCAAUAAUCACAAGCAAAAAUAUAUAUAUAUACACUGUACUUUUUUUUUUGAAGUUCAUGGAGGGGGGACACCCCAAACUAUACACUGUACCUUUUUAAUACCUUACUUGGCUACUAUUGUGUGGUGUUGAUGAAUGCACACUAAUGUAUCUCUUUAAGCAUUGUUUUUU